GUGAGGGCUAGCCCUGCCUCCGGCGCCGAUUGGUCGUUGUGCGCUGCCUGCUGUCACGGUCUGUCCGCUGAUUGGCUGCAGAGCUGUCACUCAGGAAGGAGAGGCGCUGGCUGCUGCCGCUUCCACCACUGAGCGGAGCUUCCCUGAGUGAGAGCGGCGGGAGGUGAGUGAGAGCGGGGUCAGUGCGCACUCGGGGUGAGAACGAGUGAUCACUCCCUGUGUGGGAGUUUGUUAGUGAGAGGCAGCUGGGGGUGUUAUAUUUAUAUAUUGUGUGUGUGUGUGUGUAUGGGGAUGUUAUAUAUAUAUAUGGGAUGUUUAUACAGGGGUGUUAUAUGUACAUGGGGGGGAUAUAUAUAUAUGGGGUAUGUUUAUGGGGGAUGUUAGAGAGUGGUAAUUAUAUAGGAGGGUGUUAUAUAGGGGGGGGAUGUUAUAUAGCGGGGAUGUUAUAUAGCGGGGAUGUUGUGUGUGUGUAUAUAGGGGGAUGAGAUAUAAUAUAUAUGGGUAUGUUUAUGGGGGAUGUUGCAGAGAGGGUUAGAUUAUAUAGGAGGGGGGGGGUGGUGGUAUAUUGUAGGAGGAGGGGGUGGGUAACAGUUGAGGAUUUAGUAAUGUAUUAAGGUGGCUUCCCUCUUACAGUCACUGUAUAUCCCCAGAGUAUGGAAAGUGGUCACUGAGUACCCACUCUUAUUAAAAUGGGGGACUGAGCCCCAGAACACACACACAGGGUAGGAUUUAUUCCAUGGGUUAAUGGUUAUACAGUGUCAGUGUAUUUAUAAUAGUUGUAUUCAUUUUAAAUAACCCCCAGUAAUUGUAUCAAUGUAGUCUUGCUAAUCGAAAUCAUGGAUCUAAUGGUUUAGUGUUCUGUCUGUCCUGUGAUCCCCUGUAUGUUCAGAUCUAGUAUGGUAUUGGUGGAUGUCACACUGGGUUAUCUGGUAGAUAGGAGUUCAUUCUAUUUACAGAUGUUUGGAUACUGUGUGUUCCAAUAAUAUGUAAACCUUGUUACAUUUGUUCACUGGCUUGUAAGUUAGUGUAAACAAACUGUUAAACUUGCUCAACCAAACCAUAUCCAGGACCUGGCAGAUGGCAUAAAGAAUGGCUUUCCAGCUUAGCCUGGGCUACCUCUUAAAUCUCCAUUUUAUAAUGUUCAUGUUGUGUAUGUUUUUCCUGAGUGCUGUAUUUUAAAGGGACACUAUAGUCACCUGAACAACUUUAGCUUAAUGAAGCAGUUUUGGUGUAUAGAACAUGCCCCUGCAGCCGAACUGCUCAAUCCUCUGCCAUUUAGGAGUUAAAUCCCUUUGUUUAUGAACCCUAGUCACACCUCCCUGCAUGUGACUUGCACAGCCUUCCAUAAACACUUCCUGUAAAGAGAGCCCUAUUUAGGCUUUCUUUAUUGCAAGUUCUGUUUAAUUAAGAUUUUCUUAUCCCCUGCUAUGUUAAUAGCUUGCUAGACCCUGCAAGAGCCUCCUGUAUGUGAUUUAAAGCUCAAUUUAGAGAUUGAGAUACAAUUAUUUAAGGUAAAUUACAUCUGUUUGAAAGUGAAAGUUUUUUUUUUUUUCAUGCAGGCUCUGUCAAUCAUAGCCAGGGGAGGUGUGGCUUAGGGCUGCAUAAUCAGAAACAAAGUGAUUUAACUCCUAAAUGACAGUGAAUUGAGCAGUGAAAUUGCAGGGGAAUGAUCUAUACACUAAAACUGCUUUAUUUAGCUAAAGUAAUUUAGGUGACUAUAGUGUUCCUUUAACUACUGCACCCCCACCCUGCCAGUCUCCAUAUUCUACUUUAAGGACCCUCCUAAACCAGGCCUGGAUUAGUCACCAGAUGUUGUGAUGGUAGCUGUGGCAUUGUCAUUCUCAAGGGAAUUACUGGCUUGUUAGACUGAGAACAUUUAAGUGAAUACUGAAACCCCAUACACUCCUUUUUAAACUAUGUUUUUUGGCAAUGCAGAUAUUCUUAUCUAGAUCAGCGGAAACUCCAGUUGAACAUGUUAUAACUGUGACCUUUUUAGGUGUUGUUUUUAGUUUUUCUGUUUAGCCAGUGCAGUCUUGCACUUCUCUUUUGUGAACCUUCUGCUGUUUCCCAUUCCAUAGGCUGGUGUGUAAAUGUACACAGAUCCUUUUAAAAAUCCCCUACUAGUCAAUAUCUGGCAGUUCUCAAUUAACCCUUCCCUUCCACUAACCACCGCCCACCCCGGUUAACUGAGGGUUGACCAAUCCUGGUGACGUUGGCACACAGCUUGUAACAACCUAAACUGAAUUUGUUUAACCUGCUUAACUCUGGAUCUUUAGAAGUGUUUUUCCCUGACUUCCCAUAAUUCUGGGUAAGGCCCCCUUUUCCUCCUCCCCCCCCCCCACUUCUUCAACAGGUGCAAGGCACUCCUACUCUGGGUUUUUUUUUUUUCUGUUAAUCUGUAGCAAAGUGAGUUUAGUAACAGAAACCAUUACUCUUUCUGUGUUUAUACUCUGCCUCUGGCAAGCUGCCAAAGUUAAAUGUUUAUCUAGCAGCUCUCAGUUUUGUUACAGUUUUAGCUCUUCUCACUGAAUGAGUUAAAUGUUAAUGGUGAGCGGCAUUUCAUUUUCCAGGAACUCUUCUCACACCUUUGUCUACAUGGCCAGGGUUCAGGAACUUCCAAACAAUGGCAUGUCCUGGCUUCUUCCUCCUUUCGUUUGAAAGUUGAUUCCCUAAGGCAAUAUUAAUUGGGCCCUGUAGGCAGAUUUUUGUUACACAUGGCCACUGCCUUGCGGCUCAGGCUAUUUAGGUACCAAAUAGCGGCAAAAACAUGAAUCUGGCCUCUUGUCUGGUCGCUAUGACUGACCACAGUCUCUCCAGGUAGCGGCAGGUGGUCCUUAAACCUUUUCUUAUCUUUGGAUUUAAUCAAAACCCACCACUAACUAGCAGUCUUACAAUGACAAAAUCCUCAAUGUUUCAAAAUGUCUUGAGAUUUUUCAUAAAAAAAACUGUCAAGGAGUAGGGAACUAGAAUGUCUGGCAGUGUAAAUAUGAGCCAGGUUUGUGUGUGGUGGGAGAGUAAAUAAAAGCGUGGCCAAUGGGUUUAAACGUGCGGUCACUGUUGUGUUGCUCGUCACUUAAAAUAUGAUUUCCCAGUGUCUGAGCCGGCAGGCUUAUCUGCCAUAUAUACUGCAUGUGCCCAUGUCUCCACAGCUCUUGAAGUAUCUUGACAAGCAAGCGGCAUGGCUAUCUAGAAUGUAGUGUCUACAAAGGGUCAGGUUCCAUUAAAGCAAGUUAUAUUGCAUCAGUGUACCCAGACUGCAAUGUAUGUUGGCAAAAGGACACUUGUAUGAGUUCCCUUCAGAUGUGAAACAAGGAAUGGACUUGUGAGGCAAAAUGAUUUCAAUAUUUUCCACGGAAGCCAUAUUGUGGGUUUCCCCAAUAAGCAAUCUAGGAUUCCGUAUUAAAGGGCUAGGUCAUAUAUUGUCAAAUUCUCAAUUUAAAUAUAAAAUUGAGAUUAAUGCGGUAAGGGGUUCAAUGACCAUGCUUUAGCUCUGUUUGUAGAAUUACCUGAUCUAGAAGGAGAGACUUAAGCUAAGCUGCAGUGAAGUGGUUAGAGGCGGUUGGGGAGCAGUUUAAUAUUAAUAAAUAUAUAUUAUAUAUUACACACACCAGGCAAGUCAUAAGACUUUCUUUUACCACAGAAAUAUCACUUUUCACCACGGAAAGAGUCCCCCUUCGAAAUGUCAUACUUUAUGAAUCGAGCAGUUUCUCGAAGGCAGUGGGGAAGGAAAUCUCUGCUUUUGAUAGUUUCCUUAGCUGGGAUUAAGCUUUCUAACAAGCAUUGCUAAUUAAUUUACCUGUAAGCUUGGCCUGCUGGGUUUAUUACUUAUUUUUUUUCUAUCCCAUGGCUUCCACAAGGUCUAUUUUUGGCAAAGGUGACUGCUGAAUAUAGGAUUAAAGGGAUUUGAUGAAGCAGUCUCAGAGCCCAUACUUUGGGACAUAUUUUGGUCCCAUGCCUCUGGAUAUCUGAGAGGUGAUCAACUGCCACGCUAAGGGAGGGGUAUUGCCAGACUGGUCAUACUGAAUAUUGAGGAGGGUUUUAAUCUGUGUGGUCACCGUGAGCUGUUACACGUUAAGGGGCGAUGUUGUGAGCUCAAAUAACUUAAUAUCUCUACUUCUAGUCAUGUUUUACUUCCUCUAAUGUAGUUUUAUCUUGAGCCCACUAAAAUGUUGCUACAGGCUCUCUUCAAGCUACUGUAUGAUCUAGGCUUUGGAAGAAAAUGUUACAUGUAAUAUUUUGUUAGAGGUUCUCUAAGAAAUUAUUAGGGUGACCUUUUUGGUUGUUAAAAUUGCGCAUUUCGUUUCUCUGUGCUCAUGAGGUCACAUGCACAAGUAUCCACUGGGAUAUAGUAAAUAUCUGGUGCCAAAUCUUGCAUAUAUUUAAAAAUGUCCCUUCUGUUAAGUGCCUCAUAUUUACACUGCCUGCUGUUGUCCAGCAGAGACUGGGUUAACAGGGCAUGUUUAAGCGAGCACUCCCCUCCCUGUGAGCGGCUGCCAAGCUCCCCCCUAUAUAUUCUUCGUAGUGGAGUGAGGAAGUGUUUUCUGGCAAACAGAGUAAAAAAAAAAAAAAAAAAAAUAUUCAUAGUUGAGAGGACCCCUCGUUCACAUACUAGACACAACUGGGACAUGUAUUCUUUCUGGAAUCUCUAGUCUGCUGUGGACCCUCUGUUGCUGGUCAGUUGCUCCUACUGAGGGUUCUGCAGACAGUUACAUAAGGGGUGUUCUUUUGUGGGUGGGCCUCUCCAAAAUCUUUUGUAUGUUUGCAUUUAGGCCCUUUUAUCCCCAGCUAUUCUCAGAAUUCCGAGGUUCUUUCUGUUUGUCUUCCCAUCGGGCUGUGUUCACUCCUUGUGGGUUACCUAAGGGCAGGGCGGGUGCGGCUUUGUAAUCCAUAGCCAACCCUUGGGAUGUUCUUGAACUUUUAAGUUUUUUUUCUUUUCUGUUUUUCUUGUGAUGGAAACCUUGAGAGAGUCUGUUGUGCAUUUUACUUUUCAGAUGUCUGCUUACAAGAGAGCAACACUUGAUGAAGAGGAGCUGGUCGAUUCCAUUGGUGAGGGUGAGGUUUAUCCAAAUGGGGUCCAGGUAAGAAAGUAUUCACUGUGCCAUCUACAUGUGUUAAAAUUGGGGGGAGAGAGAGGUUAAUUUCAGCAAAAGGUUUACUUCAAUUUAUUCAUCUAUCUAUAAGAAUGCUACACUACAAUAAAUAUUCCACUGGUUAUGACAAAUUGCAGUCCUCCCCAGUGUGGCAAAUAAAAGGUUUCUUAACAGUUCUAGGAGAUUUGUAUGAUGUCCUGUAGUUGUGUAACUGCCUGAUAACCUUUUUUAUUGUUUGAAGGAACACUACAUAACAAGAUUCUGCCCCCUUGUAUAAUACUAGAUUUCUGUUUCCGUUGAUAUUUUUAAUUUGCGCCCCUUAAAUUACGUGGGAUGCAAAAAAUUCUGUGAAUAGGAAGUGGUAACCGUUUCUUACAUAUUUUUAUUAAACGAAGUGUUUCAAUGUAUCCGCAAGGGGAGAGAUUCUUACCAGUCAAUAUAUCUGCUUUACAGCUGCUGCAAAACCAGACCCAGGUCAUCAAACUGCAGUAAAUUGAGCCCCUAAUAAUGGAGUGAGCCUGGGGUGUUGGCAAUGUCUGUGUGAAGGGUUUAGUACUGGCGAUAUUGCCUUUCUUUCUGUGACAAACAGGAAAUCUGAUCUGUUGCACAUAGUGGAGGAGGGUGGGUGUGUGCGAAUGGUUUACAUUCCUAGUGUGUCAGAAAAACACACACAGGUAAUCUGAACCAGGCCCACUUCUGUACCAGAAACCCGAGCUAUUAAUCUCUCUGCGACUUUAACCCUUCACCGAUUGACUGCCAUAUACAGGGCUUGGGAACAAGCCUUCUAUGACAUGCUGAUCCUUAAAUAAGCAGUCUGUGCUUUUGUCCUACUUCUCUGGGGCUACUGGAGGUUGUUUAACCUCUUCACUACUGACGUAUUGUAUAAAAUUGGCGCAACCCUUUUUUAAAAUGGCAUUUCUUCUAUAUUACCAGUAGAGAAUUAUACAUAAAUUUUUCAGUGAAGAUUAUGCUAAUUUUAUUAAGACUAAUAAGUGUUUUAGAAAACACAGUAUCUGUCACAAAGUUUUUUUUUUUGCAGUUUUUCCUCAUUUUAUUGAUGACUGGAGAUGCUGCUGAGGGGCUGAUUUUGGUCCAUGAUUUUGGGGUUAUGGGGUUCUCCCUUCAAAAACACUUGUAUUAAUGUUCCACAGUGAACAUCUGUUUAAGACAAAAUGGAUGCUAAAUCUAAAAUAAAGGGUAAGUGGCUGGUUAAUUAUAUUAUUCAGGCUUUAUUUGAAAAGAGAAAAAAAACCAAAGGCAGAAAACAAUGUGAAUCACCAAAGUGAUUAUAAUUAAAAUUAAUACAAACUGAAUUACGUUGAUAUAUUCUGUCUUAGAAAUAUAUCUAUAAAAAGAAAUAAAAUAUAUAGUGUGAUAUCAAAAACAUACAGAGGGUGAAGAUGGUAUUUGAAAAAGCUUUCUUUAAAAGGGUUUCCUGGUUAAAAAGUAAAGUGAUGCAUGUCCCUUUUUAAGUGAGAAUUGUUGGUAAAUAACAAGUUAAGUUUACAUUUAAGGUGAAAAUAGCAGAAAAUUGAAAACUGCUCUUAUUUUUUAACGCUUUGAUUCAACAAUUCUCAAUUUAGUGAAUAACCUUGUUGGAGUUCUGCAUAAGGUCCUGCCUUCUAAAGCUGCAAUUGGGUAACAUCCAGGGGUGCAGUCUGACCUUUUUAAGGUUUAUGGUUGUUUCCCAAAUAUGUGUAAUGUCUUUGGCUUAUGGUGCUCGACAGAGCAGGACCUCUCAUGGUCAGGGUACAUCAGUUCAAGUGGGCACAGCUAAAGUCUUUGGGUAGAGUCAAAUUCCACUAAUGGUAUUUGUACUACAGUCCCUACUGAAUUGAAAGCGAAGAUACCAUGUGAUCUGUAGAAAGAACUUGCGUUUACAUACAUUUAAAUCCUAUUAAUGUGUGUCUUUACAAAACGAGUUAUACAGACUGCAGUCUUAACAUAGAUGUAUAUACCCAGCAAUGCAUUACAUUUUUUUUUUCUCAUGCACAAUAGGUUUGACCAAUCACGUUAAAAAAAAAAAAAAAAAAAACAGGAAAAAGUUAACUAUUUCCUUGUGUAGCAUGUCUGUUUUUGUCAAAACUGCUUCUUAAAAAAAACAAAAAAAACACACUAGUAUUUAAAUGUAAAUGGGCAUUAUGCCAACUUUUUUUUUUAUUUUUUUUAAUUCUUUAUUUUUCAAUUUUGGCAAUUUGGCGUAAACCGUAAGACAAACGUUAUAGCAUACCGGCUUGUACAAAAGCCUGUAGUACAUGUCGUGCAAUUCAAAUUAGUUAUACAUUAUGUAUUUCAGUACAUUAUCCUUUUACUCAGCUCUUUUCUGCUGUCAACCAAGGUGUGUGUUUUUUUUUUUUUUUAUCUACAGAGCUUGUUACCACCCUUUUGCUUAUCUUUUUUUUUUUUUUUUGUCUGGCAUACACUUGGUCCCAUGUAAAGCAUGGGGUAAGAAAAGAGAAAGGAAAGGAAAAGAUAGACAUUUAGAAAGAGAGAGAGAUUAUGCCAACCUCUUGUUAAGGUUUUAUGGCCCAAACUAAUUUGCAUGCCUUGGGAGUGCAGGUGUUAGGACAGGAAAUUACUACUGUAGAUAAAAACUCUUAAUGUUCUAGUCUCCUUUUGGCUUGAUAAAGACCUGGGUUCAGGUCGAAACGUUGUGGUGUCCAAUAAACUUGCUUAAAUGUGUAACCGUGCCUGAGAGUUUUUUGACCUGUUCUUAUGGGUUAUGCUGACCCAUACUCAGUCAGCACCCAGUGAUUUUUAUGAUUGAGUGCAACACUCUUCUCUUUUGAUACAUAGUCUCCUUUUGGGACUUCAAUGUAAACCUGUGAGAUGUGAGAAUACAUAGCUGGAAUAAAUAGGUCAGAUUCUGUGGUAGCCAACAUAAUUCUAGAGCCAGUUGUGUUGUAGGUCUGACACCAUCUUUGAAGACUCCAUUGAAAUAAGUCUUUGGAACAGCAGGAGCAAACCUUGAUAUCCCUUAAGGUUGGGAAUCAUGGGAAAUGUAGUCCAGAAGCAUACAGGGUGCUUAGAAUGCCAAUCCUUUAUCUAUAAAUUACAUUUUAUUUCCUCAAAUGCUUGGCAGUGUACUUGACUCAGCAGUAUGCCUGGCUGGGGAGGGAAUGGGUUAAUGUGCUGCUUGUAUAAAACUGUGUGGGUUAUAAUCCCUAGUUCACUAGUGAUCGGAAAGAGCUUUCUCCCUUUAGGGGAUGUGGGGCUUUGGUGUAUUAUGGUUACUGUGACGCGGGAAACAAUGGGAGAUGUUCUUAUGCCCUACGGCUCUUCCAACAAACAGAGCAUUAAGUGUUGUGUUGCUAGGUUAAAUAGUCUGAAGGCUCCGUAAUUCAGGGAACUCCAUCUGCUCUAAAGUCCACUAGAGAAUCUGACACAGCUGGCUAAUAAGCACUCAGUCUGUACUAGUCCGUAGCGGCUGAAUCACCAACACUUUGUAGAGCCUACCUGCGUUUGAUACCACCUGUCCUCCUUGAAAACCCCAAAUCCAGGAAAGUUUUUUAAUUGCUAGGCCAGUGGUAGCCAUUGGGGCUCUUAUUUAAAUACUACCUUCUAAUGCUUAUCAAUCCACAAAUUCUGCUUACUAUUCGGAUCAUUUGUGAACAUCAUGGGACUUGUAGUUCUGCCACAUUUAGAGUGCCACCUUCAAAUUACCAACUAAUCUGUCUAGAACAGGGCUGCAGGUUUGGAUAUAAAUCUGUAAGUUUUUAUCUUGGUAACUGUAUUAGUUGGGGCCCCGUUAAGUACCCUAGUCCUAGCCUGUAGAUCCUUUAUAUCUUCCAGUGGCUGCCUGUACGGGUGUGGUGGUAUAAGAUUUCAUUACAGCAUUUGAUAACUGAAACAGAGGAGAGAUUAAGAUUCUCAAUUUAUUGAUGGUAAUACUCUGUAUUCUUUGAAUUGCCAAUGGAUGCUGGGAAACGGUGAUACUGCAAUAUAAUCUCACUGAUUUCCCCCAACCCUCCUAUUUUUUUUUUAUUUUUUUUUACCUUUUACACACUCGCACUCUAGGUGAUCAAUCUGCUAACCCCAAUGCUCUGCUGUAGAAACUGGUCAAUCAGGCAGCUCUCUGCUCUGUGUUUAGGAAUAACAGCUUUUUAUGCUGGAAUGAACCCAGCCUUUUCUGAUCCUCCGUCCAAACAUUUAUAAACAAUUCUCCCAUCUCUGCUUACAUGAGCUGGCGAGAGCCAGAGAUGACCUCACAGGGAGCUAACUGUCCCCAGCAGGAGGGAUAAUGGGAAAUGAGAAAUUGUCAAAAGAGGCUGGUAAUCUACAUUGUCCAAAACAGGUCAAACUGAGCUUGUUGCACAAAGACCACCCAGCAUGUGAUGGCAUGCUUCCCGUCAGCCCUGAAUGCAGUAUUCCACCGGCGUGGACUUUGCAGGAUGUGCCCAGGAGGGACUUUUAAUAAUCUAUCAACAUGAAGGUUGUCAUUGUUAGUAAUUUUAAUAAAAUAGUUCCCUUUUUUUAUGUACUGACCACUUGGUAGAAUAUUUGAGAAGUGUGCACUGUUAGUGUAGACAUCCUGGAACCACGUGCUCUGUCAUGCUGUGUGUUCAUAUCCUGCCAGACACUGCAAUAUGGACUGGUAGCUAUUAGGGAUGCACCGAAAUGAGAAUUCUGGUCCGAAACUGAAAAUUCAGGAUGCCCUUGGCCGAAAAAACGAAAAAUAUUUUUCCUAUAAUUUUAUUACUUUUUAAUGAAUUUAAUCUUAUAUGAAAAACUCACUUUCUCUUUUAGUAGUCCCCCAGUACCUUAGUGUCCCCCCCAGUGUUCCUCACUCUUUUUUUUUUUUUGUGUGCUUUCCCCCCUCCCCUGUCCCGUAGUGUUUCUUCCCCCCUCCUCUGUCCGUAGUGUUCUUCACCCCCUCCUCUGUCCGUGGUGUUCUUCACCCCCUCUCUGUCCCAUAGUGUUCUUCCCCCUCCUCUGUCCAUAGUGUUCUUCCCCAUACCCCAUAGUGUUCUCCCUCCCAGGUCCCAUGGUGUUCUCCCUCCCUGUCCUGUCCCCGUCCGUAGUGGUUCUUUCCCCCCUCCAAUCCCUGGGUCUUUCCCUCACCUGUCCUGGUCUGUCCGUAGUGGCUCCUCACCUCCCAUAGUGGUUCCCCUCCCUGUGUAGUGGUUCUCCCCCUCCUGUCCGUGGUGGUUUCUCCCCCCUCCCCUGUCCCCAGUGGUUCUCCCUCCCCCGUCCCGUAGUGGUCCCCCCCUCCUGUGGGUUCUCCCCCCUCACCUGUCCCAUGGUGGUUCUCCCCCCCUCACCUGUCCCAUAGUGGUUCUCCCCCCCUCCCUGUCCCUGUCCCAUAGUGGUUCCCCCUCCCUGUCCCAUACCCCCUCUCCCCUGUCCCAUAGUGGGUUCCCCCCUCUCCCCUGUCCCAUAGUGGUUUCCUCCUCCAUGUGGGUCCCCUCCUGUCCCUGUCCCAGGUGUGGGGUUCCCCCCACCCCUGUCCCAUAGUGGGUCUCCCCUGUCCGGGUGUGGUUCCCUCCCCCACCUCUCCCUGUCCCAUAGUGGGUUCCCCACCUCUCCUGUCCCAUAGUGUUUCCCUCCUGUCCUGUGUUGUUUCCCUCCCCUCCCCACUCUCCCCUGUCCAUAGUGGGUCCCCCCACCUCUCCUGUCCCAUAGUGGUACCUCCCUCUCCUGUCCCUGUGGCUUUUACCUCUCCCUGUCCCAUAGUGUCCCCCCCUCCCCCCCACCUCUCCCUCUCUUUCACUCUCUCUCCUGUCCAUAGUGGUUUACCCUCCCUGUCCCAGGGUUCCCUUCCUCUCCCCCAUAGUGUUCUUACUCUCCCUGUCCCAUAGUGCUUAUGUCCAUAGUGUUCUUCCCCCCCUCUCCCUGUCCCAUAGUGUUCCUACCUUCCCCGCCCCAUAGUGUUUUACCUCGCCGUCCAUAGUGUGUUUUUCCCCCCCCCCUCCCCUGUCCCAUAGUGUUCUUCCCCGUCCCAGGUGCAGUAUUCUUGACUUUUCAUGUUAUUACGAUCUUUCAUUGUGAUAUAUAAUCAUCUGAAUUGUUAAUGCAAGCAUAUCUGUUAAACUAUGCACCACCCCAAAAAUUUUUUGGGAUUUUAGUUUUGGCAAAUUUGACCAAUUUUGGGGCCGACAUUUCGGUGCAUCCCUAGUGGCUAUCACUGUAGAGUAGCCCUCACCUUUUCUGUGCUUCGUAUUGGCUACUCUUGCCCAUGUUCAUGUAGUGUAUCUACACCGGUUUGCUUUAAUGGAAACAUCUGGAACCUGCUCAGAGCAUAACUGCUAACAUAUUUAAUGAUUUGAUUCCUAUUAAUGCUUUGUCUGAAGGUCAACCUGCGUGGAGUGCGGCAGAAGCCUGGCUGUUGGACAGAGCGGACACACGUAGAAAAGCGGUUGCUGGCUCUGGUCUUGCUGCUUGGCGUGAGCCUCUUGGCAUGUCUACUCUCGUUGGGGCUGCAGUACCGAAAUUGUAAGUGCUGGGAGGAGGAAGAAUAUAUAAAUGAAUAAAAUGUUACGGUGAUUGUCUGUAAAUGUUUUUGUAGAUGUUUGCUGCAGGUGGUGGGGAAUGAGCGAACUGUUAUUGGAAAUGCUGGUGGCAUAGCUAAAAUUUUAUGAUGUGGUAAACACGGGCUUAGGUGUUGGAGUGCUGCAUGGCAUGUAAAGGGGAGGAGGCCAGUAUGUGUGGGGGACCAUAAUGCGAAGUCAUUGUACCAAACACCUCUUGUACCAUUGUAGCUCUUUUAUUUUUAUUUAUUUUUCAUGUUUGUGUUUUGUGUAUGUAGUAAGUCGCAGAGAACUGGAGCUGUGGAGACAGGUUAAUGUGGUUCAGAUUGGUCAGUGGAUGGUUGUAAUGAUUCCUCCUUCCUUUUGCAGAUAAUGGAGUUUGCUUGUCUGAGCCUUGUGUGUCCGUCACCAGUUCCAUCCUCCGUUCCUUGGAUCGCUCUGUGGAUCCGUGCCAGGACUUCUAUAGCUAUGCUUGUGGUGGAUGGAUAAAGUCAAAUCCAGUCCCUGAUGGACAUUCUCGCUGGGGAACCUUCAAUGAACUGUGGGAACAUAACCAGGCCAUCAUGAAGCACCUACUGGGUAAGCGGGUGACCAGCAAACUCUACGGGGACUGAAUAUUUUCUGACUUGAAUGCAUUCGUGAUUUUUGACCAAACUUUUGUGGUUCUUCCCUUUCACCGAACGUUAAAGCCCAGUUAAUUCUAAGGGCAAAUGAUUCUUUCCUUUUUAUUUAAUUUGUUUAUGAAAUGUAUCCUUAAAGAGCAGCUGAUUCUGUAUUCGUCGAUGCAUCGCCCCCACAAACUGUGUAGAGCCAAGUCUUCCCCUUUCAGAACAGAACUUCCCUCCUGAAGUGAGUGUUGGGUACAAGCCAGGUUGAUGUGUACGCAGCUUCCAUUGAAUCUGGCUUGUAUCUUGCAUUUUGAAAUGUGCAUAGCUUCCAGAUGUGACUGUUUCAUUAUGUAAUUCAGAGCGGGUUUGGAUGAGCUUGGAUUGUAAGUCUAUACUCUCGUCACAAUGCUGCCUUAUGAUUGGCCUGCAGCUGACAGACAUAUUCCUAUCGCAUGCGAAGGACGGAAACUCUGUACAAGGCCAUAGACUGAAUGCUGGGAGAGAAUGGUUUAGAUAAGAUACAGGUUUUGUAAAGGGAAUGUGUUACUUAUUAACCAUGGUGCCUGAGGGGGUUAAACGUGUUAAUCUAGCAGGAAGACAUUAGUACAACUUUUUUUUUUAUUUUUAUUUUUUAUAAUUCGGGCUGAUGCUAGUCAGACUUUCUGUUGUACAAAGGAUGCUUAUGAAGCAUUUAUGCUCUGUGGUUCCAUUGCGUCAUACAGCCUUACUGUGUGUAUUGAGAACACCCAGAUCCUCCCUGUAUCUUGCUUUUGUAUAAGAACUCAAAAUAAGGGUGCAACCCUCCUUAAAUAAUCCCUCGAACUCCAGUUUGGCUCAGAGGAUGUCCUUGAUUGUAAGCUUGCUUUAAACUUUGUCACCUCUUGUAUCUAACGAGUAACAAGUUGGCAAUCAGCCCUGUUGUAUCAUUUUAAAAUACUGCGGAAAAUGUCGCUACCCUUGCGGCUUGCAGUUAUGAAGAACUAAGAGAAAGUUAAUAAACUUUUAUGUAUUAAAAGUGCGUAUGUGUAGUUCAGGAGGACUAAAUAGUUUCAUUCAUGAAAACCACAAACUAGAGCCAUGGACGUGGCUGUGCUUUUAAGAGUCCGUUCGAAGCAAAUUAAGACUUGUAAGGCCUGCUAAUCGCUUCCCCAUUUACUUCAAAGAGGAGUUGCUGGGAAAAUGGCUGUAGGGGUUUUGACAAAUCUGUAACAUGAACUACGUGCAGGGAGAAAUGAUUGUGCGCAGACUUUGUGAUUUAAAGGGACUCUCCAGUGCCAGGGAAACAGACAGCCAGCCACUAGAGGAGGACUUGACCCUGCAAGGUAGUUAUUGCAGUUUAUAAAACUGCAAUAAUUAUACUUGCAGGGUUUUGGGAGUUGGCACCCAGAGCACUCCAAUGGGCAGAAGUGGUCUGGGUGCCUGGAGUGUCCCUUUAAGUAGAAAUGAAACCACUUUAUUUUGGAAUAAACACAGGUCUCUUUGAACAUACAGCACCUGGGAUUGUACACAUGCCAGAUGCCAUUAAGCCUUGUUAAAGUUGGUUAGUAAUGUUUACACAGAGAAUGGAAUUUGGAUGAGCCCCAGCUAUAGUGUAAGUUCUGAUGCUGUUUGACGGGCUAGCCUGCUGGAUCAUACAGAAGUAUUUAAGGUUUAUUUUGGAAAUUAUCAUUUUGAUUGGUAUGAAUCUGCCACUUGCGAAGACUUGUCUCUUAGGAGUAAGUAGCGGGCUAAUCCCAGGCCCGUCUGCACAUGUCCCUACGUUACAUCUCUUCAGUGAAUACAUACAGUAACCGCUUCAUUAAAGCGUUACUCCAGGCUGCUUUUUAAAUGCAUUAAUAUACAUUAUUAAACAAAAUCUUAAGUUAAGAUUAAACUCCUCCCUUUUUUUUGAAGUUUAGUGCAGGGCUCGACAAAUCCCAGGCACCAGGUCGCCAUGGAGAGCUGAGGAAGGCUGCUGACUGAGGGAGGACAAGUAAGGGAGGGAGACCAGAUCACGGAGAGCUGUGAGAGGGAGGCAGGCGGCUGACAGAGGGAGUGGGGCGGCCGGCUCAUUUAUUGCUCGGGGAAGGAGAGGGGCGGCCAGCCUAUGCAGAGCGUAGUGCGUAGUCACCCUGGCCCCCGACUCACUAAACAGUGCGCAAGAGGGAGGUGAGUAGAUGACAGCAGCCCCACUGGACCCCAGGGAAAGCCUAUCCACUCCAGCUCUUCAGAAGUAAGGAGGCUGGGUGGAUUUAAAUAAGUAACGACUUGUGAGUAAGUGUGUCUGUAUGUCAGUAUGUCAGAAAAUGUGAGUGUGUCUGUGAGUGUGUCUGACUGACUCUGUGUCUGACUGACUCACUAUUGUAUUUUUGGCGUUAAUUUCUCUGGCUCCUAGAUUCCAAGCAAAUUUGUCAAGCCCUGGUUUAGUGUAAAAGCUCUACUCGCCUUUUUCGAAUGGUCAUUGUGAAUGCACACUGUGCCAAUAUUUUAACACCAUUGCAGAUUACACCAUCACAUGCACUCUGAGGGCAAGGAGGCACAGUAUGGUGCAAGGGGUGAGGACUCUGAUGCUUGAAAAUACUUCAUCCUAAUGGAUUUGUAGCGUACUUUUAAACUGUAAAAUGUUAUUGACUGGUAGUUUCACAAACUUUGAACUGUGGAUAUAAGCACAAUCUGAAUGUGCAUUGCACAGCUAUGUCUGGAGCACAACGAGUGCAGUAUCUGAGAUUCCGGAAUCGGGGUUUGAAUAGUUGGGGAACAAACACCACAUCUGGGAAGAGGGUUCUUAACAUGGAGGGGGGAGGUGUUUACUAGCUAUCUGUAAAUCUGCCUGUUAUUAAUGAACACUAUAAGAAUCAUGGCCACUACAGCAUGCUCCUUUUUUUUAAACAUCUAACCAUUUAUUCUUCCUGGUGUUUAAUGAUUGAAAAUACAGAAUUAAUAUUUCCACAUUAUCUGUGUCCAUUUCGUCCAGCAUGUUUGGCCAUGAGCUAGCGGCUCAUAAGAGCAAUUCUGUUACAAGCCUCUGGCAGGCCAUGAAACUUACUGAUGCUCACUGGUGUUUAACCAGCCAACUGUGCAGGUGCAGCUUGUGUAUGCAUAACUUUUUAAACUUUUUUCCUUAUCCCCAUCUUUUUCAGAAAACUCUACUAUGAAUAUUAGCAGUGCUGCAGAGCACAAGGCACAGCGAUAUUACCAAGCAUGUAUGAAUGAGACCAAAAUAGAAGCACUUGGAUCCAAACCGCUGCAAGAUCUGAUUGAAAAGGUGUGUGCAUAGGGGUGAAUACUACCAAGACUGCCCGUUUCUUUAUACUAUGUAUUAAAAUGUCAGGUUUUUUUUGUUUUUUGUUUGUUUUUUUACAAAAAUAUCUAAAGCUUGGGUCUUGGUAAAAUUGGUCAGAUAUUUAAUUUAUAAAGGGGAUGUCAUAUUUUCAGUGACCUGUCAUGACAUACUUGAAUAUCCCUAAAUGAUUGUCAUGUUGAUUUAAAUAUUUAAAUUGUGAGUCUUUUAUUUCUGGGAUUUUUUGUUUUUUGUAGAACUGUCAUAUGGUUUCCAACAGUAAAUGUUUGGCAAACAUUGAUUUAAAGGACCACUAUAGACACCCAGACCACUUCAGCUCAAUGAAGUGGUCUGGGAGCCAGGUCCCUCUAGUUUUAACCCAGUUGCUAAAAAAAAAAAAAUAUCAGUUUCAGAGAAACUGCUAUGUUUACACGGAGGGUAAAUCCAGCCGCUAGAGGUGCUUCCUCGAUUCUCACUGUGAAAAUCAGUGAGACGCUGGACUUCAUAGGAAAGCAUUGAGUAAUGCUUUCCUAUGGGCGGUUUGAAUGCGCGAGCGGCUCUUGUCGCGCAUGUGCAUUCGGAGCUGACGUCUACAGAGGGAGGAGUUUCCCAGCGCCGAGGGAGCCUGGUGCUGGAUAAAGGUAAGUAGCCGAAGGGGACCUAUGGACUACAUAGUGCCAGGAAAACUAGUUUGUUUUCCUGACACUAUAGUGGUCCUUUAAACAUUUACACUUUUUCAGAAUUAGAACAUUCUUUCUGCUUUAACAUUUAACCCAUUUAUUCCUUGCCUGCUGUAGCUUGGUGGCUGGAAUAUCACAGGCCCAUGGGAUCGGAACAAUUUCCAGGAGAUUCUUCAAUCCGUAACGGCUUAUUACCGCGCCUCUCCCUUCUUCUCCAUAUUUGUCAGUGCAGAUUCCAAAAAUUCCAGCAGUAACAUUAUACAGGUGAGUACGGAUGUUUCUCUUUCAUCUUAAAUGGAAAUACAGGGAAGUUUAGCAAAUUACUUCUGCUUUCGUCUCUUUUUAUUACAAUGGUUUACACAUGCCAUCAUAAAUCACUAGCAUCACCAGAGAAUGCCAUCAUAAAUCACUAGCAUCACCAGAGAAUGCUCCUCUUUGCUUUUGUAAAAGCAGCUGGCAUUUCCUUGGUGUAGAUAGAAGGUUGGCUUUGCAUAAACAUUUUCUGCUCACUGUCAGUCCUGACUUUGGUUUGCUAUCCUCUCUCUCAAAGUGCUAAGACUUUUACUUCUGCAAAACAAUACUUUCUGUACUCUGCCUCCAGAUCACCAUCUCUCUAGAACAUUGUGAUAGCCACACAGAACCUCGAGAUGGGUGGACUCGGAAGGGCGAAAGCACAGCUGUGGUUGAUUUGUAUCUAGACACUGCAAUGAAAGCAGCAAUGUUUUUUCAUGUGCCUUUACUUAUAAAGAACUCCAGGAUGGAGAGUUAGUGCAGGAUUUCACAUACCAUGUUUGAUCUUCUUUGUAAAGUCUCUUUAGUGCUGGGCAUCUAGCUGAAACAUGUUACUCUCCAUGUAGCCUGAAUGAGUGAUAAAUUGUACCCAUCCAUUUUUCCCCCUAGAUUGACCAGUCUGGACUGGGAUUACCAUCGCGGGAUUAUUACCUGAAUAAAACUGAAAAUGAGAAGGUAUCUGCUAAUAGGACCCCUACCUUUGCCUGGCACACUUCACUUGAGUUUGGCCGUUGUGGUGUCUUGAUCUUGUCCUAAUGUUGUCCUUAUUUUACCAGGUCCUCAUUGGAUAUCUUAACUUCAUGGUUCAAAUUGGGAUGCUGCUGGGAGGCAGCGAGAAUAAUACGCGCGAGCAGAUGCAGGAGAUCUUGGACUUUGAGACGGCCCUGGCCAACAUAACUAUCCCUCAGGAUAAACGCAGAGAUGAGGAAGUGAUCUAUCACAAGAUAACUGCAGGAGAGCUUAAGGUAAGUGGUUAGCCAAUGCACAUUGCCAUAUUGGCUACUGAUGGCUUAUUUUUUAUUUUAUUUUUUUUCAAUAGAGGCUCAAAGUAACAUAAAAAAAUCUUGGCUCUUUUUACUUCAAUUUGUCUAAAUUUCAGUGGCAUUCAUUGGUUGAAUGUGUCAGCUGUCAGUCUUAACCAGUGAAUGGUAUCCAAAUAUGGAUGGAAUUGAUAUUGCUAAUGUAUGUGUGUAAUAUGCAGAGUUGGUGGCAAUGUACUGGAUGCCUAGGUGGCCCUUUGUAUUUAAUUGCUUUAACAGUUUGACAGGUAUCUGGCCAUGCUGACACCAUAACUACUGCAGAAGACUGUAGUGGUGAGUGUUUCGGGUUGCCUUUUUUUAAUGUUAAGGCAAGACUGAACAAGAGAACAUUUAGCCGAUUUUAUUUAUUUUAUUUUUUUCUCAAAACAUUUUAACUGAUAACUUUCAUUUGCCCCUAGACUCUUGCCCCUGUGAUUGAUUGGAUGGCACUACUUCAGACAGUCUUCCACCCAGUGGAGAUCAAUGAGACGGAACCUGUGGUGGUUUACGCCAAGGAAUACCUUAUAGAUGUGUCUGCUCUUAUCAAUUCCACUAGCAAAAGGUAAAAGUUGAAUGCUCUGCCAUGUGAGCACUCUGGGUUUAAAGAGUAAAAUUUCUGCAUCCUGCUGACUUGUAACUCUCCAUCACAGGAUCCUUAAUAACUACGUUGUGUGGAAUGUAGUCAGGAAGGCCAGCUCUUUUCUUGACCAGCGCUUCCAGGACGCUGAGGAGAAGUUCAUGGAAGUCAUGUAUGGGACUAAAAAGGUGUGAGGGGUACCGGAACCGCUAUAAUUUAGGGCACCAACAUAUUUCACAGCGCUGUACAACAAACACAAUCCGUUCUGACAAAAUGAUUGACAUACGGGACUAGUAGGUGAAGAGGGCCAUGCCCAGAUAAGCUUACAAUCUAAAAUGGGUGCAGGAUAUCUACAACAACCACAUAGUAAAGAUUUCCUGACUGAAAGUCUUGGUUUAUAACAUUCUCCUCACAAGCAACCUCUUAUCUGGGACUGGGACUCUGAAGGAGAGUUGCCAUAUUGAUCCUGUCUUCUUGGAUACAUACAGUGACAGCUGUGGGUAGGGAUGGGCAGGUCAUAAAGUGUUCCUUGUAGUGAAUACAAUUCAGAAGCUGCAGAUUGAAAUUUAUCAAUAAGGAAUCCUGCAGCAAAUGCCUACAUACUACAGGGCAGCACUUUAUUUUUAUUAACAUGGAGUUAUGGUGGAUAUGUCUGCGCUAAUCUAAAGAGAUUGUUGGUAUAUUUUGGAGAUUCCUUUAAGUUAAGAAUGAGAGGUGGGUGGGCAUUUCGUGUAUUCAAUUAUGUAUUUGACCGCAACUCAGCUAAGACCGUAAUGUGGACGUGUCUUAUCUGGCCAGCAUUGUGGCAUUAUAAUGGCAGGAAGUGGAGCGGAGGAGCUGGAUGGAAGCUUAGAUUUGCCCUUUAUCCCCUCCCUCCCUCUGUAGAACAUGGGGAAAUUCUUCACAUUCUCUGCUUUUUAAUGUAUUUUAACAUGUGCUGUCAAAAGCUAAGCUUUCCACAGAAAAAACUAUUUGACAGACAUCCUAAGGAGUUACUCUCACAAUAAUUACUAUUUACAAUUGUGGAAAUAACCACCAAACGCCCAUAUUUACAGUAAAAAUAAAAUUAUGGAAGAAAAGGUUUCAUUUAACACUGCAUUCUCUAAAAGUAUUUUACUAAAGGGGGUUGAGUGAGUGUGUAAUUUAAUCUCAUUUAAUUGGUUCUAGUGUUGCGAAUCCUCUGGUGAUGUCCCUCCAUUCAGCGGUGAAGCAUUUUUGAGCAGUUUAAUACCAAAUAAGGAUUUCUGUUGACUCACAGCCUGCCCUCCACUGGAAGUGUGGUCAAGGCAGGGAUUAAACACUUCCUUACAGCCAUAUAGAUUCAGCCAAUCACGGACCACUGCUGGUGUGAGACGGUCAGCUGACCACUUUCAUCCUGUCACAGCGACCCAUUGACACUCUUGAAAAUGCUUCCUCGUUCACACAAGCAGCACAGAGGGGAUGGGCUGCUGGGGUCUGUUGCUGAUCCUUAAAACCUUAACGCUCAAUGAAACUGUGGUGCCAGGGGACUCUAGAUACUAUAACCACUUCAAUGAGAUUAAACGGUUACUGUGCCCUCAUUGGCCCUUGAAGAUUCUAUAAAUCACUUGUUGCCUACAUAUUUAACAGUUUGUCUACUCCCUGCAUCUUAUAGUUUAAUGAAGAAUAAUUCUACAGGAAUGUGGAGAUCGGGAUUCAAUAAGCAUGACCCCUGCUUCAGACCGCUGCCCUCGUAUCACAGUAGAAAUGGAUAUUUGAAGUGCAACGCCUAUUAACUGCAUGUAUGGUGUACUAGAAUUGCUCUACAGAAACUAGUGCCUAACCUUGUCCUUUUAUCCCCCUCAGACGUGUUUGCCUCGCUGGAAGUUCUGCAUUAGUGACACUGAUAACAACCUGGGCUUUGCGCUGGGUGCCAUGUUUGUCAAUGCUACCUUUGCUGAAAGCAGUAAGGUGCAGGUGAGUUCACUCUGCUGUGGUACUUCAGAAGGCGAAUCCAACCUUAUUUGCUGGCUGGACUUUUUACCAGCUAUCGGAUGUGUCUGGCAUUCUAGGCAUGUCGGUAUAUCAUAAGAGAGAUUAUUUGUGGGAAAUCUUCCUUCACUGAAAGUCUGAUGUGCAUCACGUUUUUUCCACAGGCUGUGCAAAUGAUCAGAGAGAUCAAAACUGCUUUUGAGGAGAGUCUGAGCAACCUGAGCUGGAUGGAUGAAGAAACGCGCAAGGCAGCGAGAGAGAAGGUGUGUAUUUUGGCUGCCUGAAAACUGCAAUUUGAUUAGAGCAUUCUGUCUGGAUAUGGUAAUUAAAGGGUCUCUCCAGUGCCGGAAAAACAUCAGUUUUCCUGGCACUGCAGGUUCCUGCAGUGCCCCCCAUCCCUCCCACCGCAAUCCCAUGUUGCUGAAGGGUAUAAAACCCCUUCAGUGACUUACCUGCAUCCAGCGCCGAUGUCCCUAUGUGAGCCAGCAGGGGGGGACCUAAUGCGCUUGUGCAGCAAAGGCCACACGCUUUAAAGCUCCCCAUAGGAAAGCAUUAUUCAAUACUUUCCUAUGGGGAUUCUGGCGACGCUGGAGCUUCUAAUGCAUAGCGUGAGGAUGUCUAGCAUCGUUUAAAACACUUUUCGUGUUUUAAGAUGCCGGAAGUCCCUCUAGGGGCUAUCUGAUAGACAGCCACUAGAGGAAGAAUUAAACCUGCAAGGUAAUUAUUGCAGUUUAUAAAAACUGCAAUAAUUACUUGCAGGGUUAAGGGUGAUGGGAGUUGGCACCCAGAGCACUCCAAUGGGCAGAAGUGGUCUUGCUGCCUGGAGUGUCCCUUUAAUGCCUGCUAUCAGGGUAGAGAGGGAGAGAAUGUCUAUUAAUGUGGGUAGCAGGUGACUGGCUAUCUGGGAGGGAGUAAUGGGCUGUUGCCUAGCUUUUAGCAAGGAUGGAGGGUGUGCUAGUGAAUUCACUGUGGCUUUAUAGCCACUGGUUUUAUGUGCUAGGGAAGGAAUUUGCUACUUGGGGAAUGGCCUCCACAGAAGGUUUUGGGAUAGACCCUGCUAAUGUGAAGGAGUGAGCGUUUGGCAGACUUAAUCUAGGAAUGACGAUUACUCUGGCGCCGUGCAAAGCGGCAUAUUGGACAUAUGUAACAUUUUAAAUUUCUCUCCUGUUUAGGCUGAAGCAAUCUAUGAUAUGAUUGGUUACCCCAACUUCAUCACAGAUCCUAAGGAACUGGACAAAGUGUUCAAUGAAGUAAGUGUACACUUUGUGUGCUGCUAGUACCUGGCUUGGUUUCAACUCACUAUUCAAUAACCGAGCCAUGGCCAAAUGCCUUCCCCUUAAUUAUUUAGAACCCCCUUGAUUCUUUGCAAGGAUUUAGUCAUUGUGAGCGUUUAAAACAUACGAGUGACACUUUUUCUAAUUUCAUCAGCCUCGGCUGUCUAGUGGUCUGUCUUGGCAAGACCCAGUCAUCAGGUAAACAUUUAUUAUAGAAGGCUGACUGGGUUAAAGCGGCUGUGUCACCAUCAUUUGCAAAGACCCCCCUCCUGAGCGUUACAUUGCUGCUGGGUGUCCGCUGGCCAGGGGUUCAGGGAAGGAGAGCUAUACUCGCUAAGCCUGUCCCUUGUGAGUGCUGCCAUCCUCUUCCUUUCAGUCCUGUUCAGCUCUUGGCAUUCAGCUGCCAGGAGAGAACAUGUGCAAUCCUACACAGACAGAGCAUUUCCCCUACAUCUUCACUAGCUGAGGGUUGACAAGUUUUGACAAGGCUUGAUUUUGCCUUUUAGUCCUUACUUUGUCAUAGUAUAUCUUUUGACUGUUUGUAGAGUUUCAGUGAAAUUCCAGCAGUCAAUAGGAGUACCUAAAAAGGCUUUAUCUUUAUGAAGUACUAAUUUUGGAUUGGGGGGUGGGGGGGGUUGACAGAGCCGAGUUAAUAGGAUAUUGCAAAUCACAGUCAAAUGGCAAUAGAAAAUUGGGGGUUUAGAUUUCUUGUAUAUCCUGCACGGAGUCCUACAUAACAAUUACUGUGAAACUGGUUAUUACUUAAAGGUCUUUCUUUUAAAAUCUACUUUUUUGAGAGAAUGUUCCUGUGAAUUGAGUUGGGUGUGUCAUGAUGAGCUUGUAUUUACGCAUGAGGAAGGGGUGAUACAGAAGAGUGGCUCAGUCAUUUUGGGAAGAUUCUAUGUGCUCCCCAUGGGAAAUGCAGACCAAAGGCCAGUUUGAACUAUGACCUGCCCUUGUGAAAACACAAACCUAUCUUGUGCCCUGAUUAACCAUUUAUAUCCUAUAGUGUGACUUUUCUUUCACUUUACAGUAUGAUGUGUAUUCUGAUCUGUAUUUUGAAAAUGUGAUGAACUUUUACAAUUUCUCUGCACGUGUGACCACUGAGCAGCUGCGCAAAGCACCCAACAAAGACCAGUAAGAGUAAACUUUCACACGAUUCUGUAUUCUGUGGGUUGUGACUUUAAGAGCCUGCUACUAAUCUAUUUCUGUGUGGCUGAAAUUCUGAUCUAAAAAGGUCUGUAGAAUUCCAUAAGAGAGAUGUUUAGAUUUUCAUGUAAAAAGUAUCCAGUGUCAUGCAUUUCCUCUGUAGAAAAUAUUCAUAUUCCUUAUAAACUAUUCCCACCUCCCCUUUUACCUAAACUGGAAAGAGACUUCAGUGGGGACAGCCUCAUCGUAGUAUGAUUUUCCAUGGUUGUGAUAGUGUUUAUUAUCAAUGCUUCAAACGUUCUAUUAGAUGACAGAAUGGCUGUUUAUAGAAAACUCUUAAGGUACCUGUAACAAACUCAUUUCCUAAAGUGCCUUAUUCACUAAACUAUGAAUUGUGAAAAGCUGUACAAAUUGAUGUGCAUAGGACAAAACAGAGCUGGAACCUUUCCAUUAUUUUUUCCUGAAUGUAAAGUUCCAGUAAACUACUUGCAUCUUCUGUACGAAAUCUUAUUCUAGGCACACGAUGAACAAGUCGUUUUUCCAAACAGACUACGUAUGUAGAACGGGAAUUUAAAGACCCCAGCGGCUCACGUACUGUCCUGUUUAAUGAGAGCUGCUGUGCGUGUGUUCUGACGAUGUAAACGCUCCCUUAGUUUAGAGUGCUGUAUGUGCACAAGCUGAUGCACUCAGUUACUACAUAGAGAAACCAGUGCAUGCGUGGAAGCAGAGGCUUCUUUCAACUUGCAUGUUUUCUCAUCUCUUCCCUCCAGUGCCCACAUUAAGUGCUGCACAACUUUUACUGGUUGUCUAUUGAAAUCAGAGUGCAACAGGAUUGACAUGAAUAUCAAUUUCCUAAUGUCUGCAUAAGUCACUGCAGAAGCAUUAAACAAAGUUUAAUAUUCAGGGUCAAUGAAAGUGUCAUGUUGCCAAGCAUGUACUUGUUCUGCCAACAGUGUACCCAGAAUACUGGCUUGAUGUUGUGCAAUAGUUUUCUUGGAAAAGUGAUUUGUCUUGCUCCCCUCUGUGGAGAUCAGUGGUGGUGCAACUUUAUGUUGUAAUGUACGAGCUGUAGCUAUAUAUAUAUGUAUGUGUGUGUGUGUGUGUGUGUGUGUGUAUGUAUAUGUGUAUGUGUAUAUAUAUAUAUAUAUAUAUAUAUAUAUAUAUAUAUAUAGAUGUAUAUGUAUGUUUGGGACAGGCAAAUAAUGUAAGAUUUGUAAAGUGUUUUACCCGGUGCAGAUUGAUAUGCUCUGUCUAAUGUUGAUUCUCCCAUCCCAAACAGAUGGAGUAUGACGCCUCCCACAGUCAAUGCUUACUAUUCCCCCACCAAGAAUGAGAUUGUGUUUCCUGCUGGGAUCCUCCAAGCUCCAUUCUACAUGAGCACCUCCCCCAUGUAGGUACUAACAUCUGUUUAAUGUAGCCAUUAAUACUCUGAAAGAUCUUCAGCCAAGACUUGAUACCAAACAUGAACUACUCAAAACAUAUCCCAAAAUGUUACAAAAUCUCAAACUUUAUUUUUUUUUUUAAGGCCUGGGACCCGAAGUCAAAUUGUUUCCAAAUACGCAGCUCCAUAUCUGCAUUUAAAGGACCACUAUAGUGCCCUGAGUUUAACCCCUUCCAUACCCUCAGGGUCCCUCUUCCACCGGGCUCUAGGGUAUGGAAGGGGUUAAACUUACCUCUUUCUCCAGGGCCGGGCGGGGAGCUCCUCUCCUCCUCCUCCUCCCUCUUCUUCUGUCACCGGCUGAAUGCAUUCAGCCAGUCCAUAGGAAAUGCUUUCCUAUGGACGCUGGCGUGUUUCUCACUGUGAAAAUCAGUGAGAAGCGGGGAAGCCAUCUAGCGGCUGUCAAUGAGACAGCCGCUAGAGGCUGAAUUAACCCAUAUGUAAACAUAGCCGUUUCUCUGAAACGGCUAUGUUUACAGAAAAAAGUGUUAAUCCUAGCUGGACCUGGCACCCAGACCACUUCAUUAAGCUGAAGUGGUCUGGGUGCCUAUAGUGGUCCUUUAAUUUUUAUUUUUUAAAUAGUAUUGCUUUUUCCAGCUAUUACUUUUGCCUUUCAGUCUUUCAUUUGGGUUCAGAUUAGUUUUUUCUUAUGCCAGUAAUUUUGGCUUCAAAAGCAGUACAGAAUAUUCAAACUGUAUUCUUUGUACAUAAUUUGGGAGGAGCUGGUGGAAUAUACAAAGGCUGCUUUCUAAAAUGCUUUGAUUUUGACCCCCUCCACUUACGAUAUCAGAUAAAUCACCACUAUGGUCUUUCUAGUGACUAACUUAAAUUACUUUACGGUCCUUUACAUGUGCAUUCUAUAUCCUUUAUUUUAGAUGUGAAGUAUUGCAGCAAUAUUAAGGAUUCAGUUUAAUCUGUCAGCAGCUCAGAGUAUGCACAGAUUUUGUAACUGUCCAGAUUAAAAUUUCCAUACUACGCUAUUUAGAGGCAAAGAAGUCUGGUUUGAAGCUGCUUUGGUAGAACCAUCUCUUGAAAGGGACACUCCAGACCCUUAAAGCACUUUAGCUAGAAAUGUACCUUUUUUUUUUUUUUUUAUUAUAUAUAAAUUUAACCAUGUCAUACUCCCCUAGAUUUCAAAUAGACCAGUCAUAUUCCUGGUUGCUUGAAAAAAGUGUAAUGCAGUAUGUAUGUUUGUUUUUAUUUGGGGGGAGGGGGGGGUGGAGGGUGGAGUGUAUAUCCUAAACACAGAUUAUUUUAUUUUUUUUGUGCAUUGGAGUGUCUGACCUUUUGCUUAUGGUUUCCAGCAGUGCAAAGGGGCAGUCAGGGUAAUGUCCACCAAGUUCUGCCUUGACUGGGACACCACGAAUAUAUGCUGUCUGUCCAAGCAAAGAGCAGACAUUUAAAGGCUGUUUAAGAAUGCCUUUUAACACGUUCUUGCUGCUACGAUUAAGAAUGUUAAGUAAGGACUUCUAUUUUCUUUUUUUAGGGCCUUGAACUUUGGUGGUAUUGGAGUUGUAAUGGGCCAUGAGUUAACGCAUGCCUUUGAUGACCAAGGUAGGUAUUGGACGUUUUGUUUGUUCAGCAGGCACUCCCAAAGGUUGAGUUAAUGCAUAUCUUUAUUCAGGUCGGGAGUACGAUAAAGAUGGGAAUCUUCGUCCGUGGUGGAAGAACUCUUCUAUAGAAGCUUUCAAGAAGCAGACUCAAUGCAUUACGGAGCAGUAUGGGAAUUACACUGUGAAUGGAGAGCCAGUGAAUGGCAAGCACACUCUGGGAGAAAACAUUGCAGACAACGGAGGACUGAAGGCUGCAUAUCGGGUAAAUCUUCCAUAGCAAGGGUUUCCAGAGGAGUUACUGAAACGUGGGGGCAUGAGUAAAGGUUGGGAUAUGCAGGAUCUAUUCCUUCCUACCAAUGGAAGCCCAGACCUGGAAUUUAGCAUUACUCAUCCUACUAACAAAGUCUUCUUUACAACAGAUUAGUGUCAAAUGGCAGGUUAUUCAUUUGUUUAUACUCCGUCUUUUAUUCACCAAGUUUUUUAAAGUUAUUUAAAGGGACACCAGAAUAACUGCAGCUUAUUGAAAUUGCCUGUAGUGAAUAAUUAUACUCACCAGAACUACAUGUAAACACUGCCUUUUCAGAUAAAGGGCUGUGUUUACAUUGCCUUCUAGGGACACCUUCAGUGGCUGCUCAUCGGGUGUCAUUUGUCCUUGCCCCAUUCGACCUCCAUCCGGCUUUCUUGCUGGUUUCCUCCAAUUCACAGGCCUAAAUGUUACCACUAUAAUCCUGGAGGGUGCAUGGCAACCUAACCUGUGCUAAAUCUUCUCCAGCCAAUGGCUAGUGGAGAGUGGAAAUAUUGAACCGUUGUUGUAAACGUACUUAUCACUUAUUUGCUCUAAUUGAUCAAGUGGGAAUUAAUUGCUUGAUGCCAUUGCUCCAUGUAAUAUCUGGGGAGGGUUUACAUGGUUACUAGACUUGGACUGGACUAGAUUUGGUGUUUGGCGUUAAAGGUCCCUCCCUGUAUGUUGUAGUGAGAUUUGAAAACAAGGUUUAUACAUGAUUUUUCAGGAUUUUUGGCUCAAUGUUGGUCAUGUGGGUGAGUGUUGCAGGAGGAUAACCUGACUUAUUCUGUAGAAACCUUCCCCUUUUCCUUGUUUACUGGUUACAGUUCAUUGUACAGACACGCUUGUUAUGUAUUAUAAAAUAAAAUAAACCAUAAAUGAUUGUCACUAAUUUUCCUCUUUACCUGAAAUGGUUGAAUAGCAGAACCUACAAUCCUCCUAACAUGGCUUUCGUUCUUUCUUCUGCAGGCGUACCGUAACUGGGUGCGGAGUAAUGGGGAGGAAAAGCUGUUGCCAUCACUGGACCUUUCCAACGAUCAGUUAUUCUUUGUGGGCUUUGCACAGGUAAGAACAGUCUGUGUGGAUGUGUGGGGGUUUAGUCUAUAAAGUUUGCUUUAUUGUCGACAAAGCUCUGUGCGUUUUAACAUCUUAAAGAAUUUUCAAACUGUUGCCCUCUGUGAUGCCUCUUACCCAGUAUUAAAGUCUUUGUUACUGCCAUGCUGCUUUAGUGGGAUAUUCGGCAGUUCAGAAAUGUCUGGUGAAAUCUUACAGCAAAUAAAAUUACUUAUUGGUAUGGUACGAAUGGGGUGUUCCCUUUCGCUAAUUGCGCUCAUUAUUUGUGGGUGGGGGAUUUACUUUUAAAUGCAUGCGGUUCCAUAGGACUGUGUUGUUUUUUGUUUUUUUGUUUUGUUUUUGUUUUUUAACUCAUGGAGCAAUAUUUGUUCCAAUUAAGCAUUGUAUGGCCCUUGUUGGUGCCUUUUUGAACUGAAUCCUUGAGAGAAAGUUGUUCUUGAUCCAAUCCAGAUAAAUCCAUUCAGGUGAAUGAGUGCAUUUUACUGUUCUGGCACACAGAUAAAGGGGCACACCAACAUGCUGAAUGUCUUUCCAAAGAAUAAAAAGGCUGGUAUUGAGCAUUUUUAAAACUCAAUGACUGUUCCCUUGAUGUAGCAUUUGCUAAACCGUAUAGGAGAACCAUUUAUAUAUCCGAUACUCAUUUACUUGGUAGCACAGAAUUAUGGAUUUCUAUUUAGGUUAAUUUAUGUAUACUAGCUAAUUGGACAGGCAGGUUGAGGUAUACAGGUAGGCAUCUGUGUGUCAUAUCACAGUGCCGAGGUACAUAACUACUAAUACUCUUUUCCUUUUUAAUAGUGACUUAGAAAUGGGCUUGGGUUUUUGGGAGUCCUCCCCCUCCCCCCUUUUCAGGUUAGGUGCUUGGGUUCAUCCCUCAAUUAGCCUAGCAGUGUUCUUCCCUCCUACUACCUGUUUUGUCUAUUUCCUACACUCUAUUUACAGUCACCUAGGCUUGCAUGGAUUUUUUCGACGUAGCCUGGUUAUUUUGAGUAGGUUAGUAGUUAGGAUUUGGAUGUGUUUUGACAAACCACUACCUUCUCCUAGGUCUCCCUUAUUUUUUUUGUCCAUUUUAAUAUUGCUCCCAUCAUUAGGACUAAUAAAGGUAGGGCUCCCUUUCCUUGUUGCACUAUUCUUCCAUUUAGGACCUUAUGGUCUCAUUUUCUUUUCUCCUUUUCAGUGAUUAUACAUUGUGGGUUAUUCCCCGUUUGGGAAGAAUAGUUUUAGGGCAUUCCAAACACUGACCCACCGGCCAAAUGAGUGACCCCUGAGUCAGCCUAUCUAGUAUUAUUUUUUUUCAUAUCCAAUACGAAUAUAACUGUAUACCAAUGUCAUGUUAAAAAUAAAAAUUUGAAUCUGUUUGAAACCAUAGUUUGAAAGGCUCAGUAUUGUCCGAACGUAACCUGUACAGUUGUGAAUUAGACUUGGUGUCGUAAAGAGCCAUUCGCUGGUCUUUAUUUUGCAGGUGUGGUGUUCGGUGCGCACAGCUGAGAGUUCACAUGAGGGUUUGAUUACUGAUCCUCACAGCCCAUCCCGCUUCCGUGUCAUAGGCUCAGUCUCCAACUCAAAAGAAUUUGCAAGACACUUCCAGUGCCCGGCGGGGUCGCCUAUGAACCCACUCAAGAAAUGUGAAGUCUGGUGAAAGCUCACAGGAGAACAAGUGUGCAUUGGGGGUAACCACUGGCGGGAAGGCUUGAGGCAUGCCACUAUCUUCCUCCAGUACUGGAGGCUUUUCAUUGGCUGGAUAAAAAAAUAGAAAUCAAGGCAGUUGCCUUGUGGAGAAGUUUCCACGAGUUUCUUUCCCCUUCUUCCAGCUCGAGUAUCUUGUGCACUAAUCUGUUAGACAAUCCUUUCUAUGCACUUUCUGAAUGUUCCAUGUUUAGUUGUGAAGUACUGUCUGUGCCACUUUACCCUUCCCCAACGCAUUUUGCUGUAGGAUUCAUGUGAGCCUGUUCUUAUGAGUGACUGUUCAGCUCAAUGAGAGCUGCUUGCGAUUGAAUGGUUGAGCACUGGUUAAAGGGAAACUUGGAGCAUCAUAACAAAUACAAUAAACUAUAGUUAUGGUGGUGAGUGUCCCUUUAAAUAGCAGUCUUUAAUAUAUAUUUUCAGUUUGCCUGCAUUUAAAGGGACAGUGCAGUGGGAGAAACCACUUCAUGUCUUACACAUUUCACAAUCUUCACUACUUGCCUUUUCCUAAUCUACAUAACACAGAGCCUACAAUCGUAUUCUAGUGAAGAUCUACUUUAUGUUGAAACUUAAUCUUCUGAGCAGAGUUUUGUAUUGAUGUAUAUAUUCUAUACAUGUGUAUAUAAAUGUGUGUGAUUUUGUAUAUAUUUAUAUCACAUCUGGAUGUCUGAUUAAAAAAAUUGGUUUGUAAAUUUUUUGUGAUAUUUUCUAUAUUAAAUACUUUUGAUGAACCUGUUCCAGCACGUGGAAUACCAUGGCAUUUAGAGGCCAAAU